AUGGACCAAUUAGUAGGCCACACCGGAAGAGGUGUGCAACUGCUCAAUCACAGGGUCGAUCACAUUGGUGUUCAAGUCCGUGUUGGUCAGUUGCAACUGCUUGUCGGUCCACAAGUUGUCCUCCCGUGGAACAGGAGAGCCAACACCACACAGACCGCCAGAACGCUCCCAUUCGGGAACUCUCUUCAAACCGAUCUUGCUCCAGACGUUGUCAACAGCCUCGAUCAAAACGUCGGAGAUGUCCUUUGA